AGCACUUGUGUCUCUUCGCCCUUCUUCACUACUCUCUCACAUAGCAACUUUCGCUAUCUAACUUGUGUACUGUAAGUUACUCUUAUCUACCUUACCUCCCUUCUGUUACUUACCAGGUCUGACCACGCGCUAGGGCCUACCUGCUACUGAAACAUUCUCCAUCCAUGAAUAUGAACAACAACGGAGCCCAUCGUGGUCUACCAACCCCAUCUUCAUCUUCCACGUACAAUACACCUUUCAUCUCGAAUGGCACUUUCGUGGCGUCGGCUGAAGGGGCGCAGCCCCAGCUUCAAGGCCAACCACCUCUCCCAUUGCAGCAAGUGUCUCAAACCGUAUUCAAUCGACCGGCCCAGCCACAGCCACAGCCCCCGCAUUAUCCAAAGGCCUACCAUUUACCUGCCCAGACUACCACUGGGCCGUCUCUUAAUGCACUCAAUGCUAUUGCCAAUGAGAAUGCGGGGUUAGGUAUUAGACCUCCAGGAAUGCCGGCUCAGACCUGGAAUACUGCUCCACCUCCCAUACCCAAAGUUCCUCAGGGUGCCUAUCAGUGGCCAGCGUACGGCCACCAUUUGCCCGUACAAAAUUAUUACGGUGGCUACUCCGGACCUCGCGCUCAAGGUGCAGCACCUUAUGCAGCGCCUCAUCAAGGCCCCCAAAUGCAUGCUCCCCCUGCUCCUGCAGUUCAAGCCACGCAUCUUCAGCAGCAACAAGUGCUACCCAACGCUGCACCUCCCCCUCACGCUCAAAAUGUAGCACCUUUCGCAGCACCUUAUCAGGGCCACCGAAUGCAUGCCCCACCUGCAGGAGCAGUUCAAGUCCCUCAUCUCCAGCAGCAACAGGUGCUGCAAAAUGUCGCACCUCCCCCUCCAGCUACGCAAGAGCAUGUAUUCCGAACCCCCGGGGACGUGAAUCUCCGUGUUCCUUCCCUUAAUCAGGAAGUGCAGCAGGCGCCGCCUGCACACUGGCUCCCUCCCGCUCCCUUUGCUGGGCCACCAUACCAGCAACAACAGCCUCAACAAGCAAUGCCGCAAGUACCAUCCGUAGGCCCAGCGGAGGGGAGUUCUACGCGGCCUUCAAAAAGGAAGGCCGUAGAUAAUGAUACCACUACGCAAUCGAGACAAAAGCGUCAUCGUCCUCAGGGCGAUCCUGAUUUUGAACCCGCGCCACCUGGCGAAGAUGGUAAACCCAGGUGGAAAUGUCUUAAGCAGGCAUGUGCACAUGUCAAACCGAUGCUGGAGAACAGCGUUCAUAAACAUAUAACGGCGACGGUGUCGCAUCAGAAAGACUCUGAAGGAAGUCUUACGGCGAAUGUAUGCCCAGGGUGUGGCUUCUCUUUUAAACGCCCAGAUGCGUUGAAAAGACAUGGACCCACUGACCAGUGCACCAGAAAUAAGGCGAAGGCUCUACAAAGUGCUCAAGAAAGCUUUCAAACGCUUUGGAACAACACAUUCGCAGCUGGACCAUCCUCCUCAGGCUCUGCAUCGAACUAUGUUACCAAUCAAUCCCUGCCCUUGCCCAUGGCUGCACCGGGUAUUGUUCAGGCCGCUUGGAACAACACGUUCGGAGCUGCAGCCCCCUUCGCGAUGCCUCAGCAACAAUUCACCUUCAGAGCAUCUGAACCGAGUUCGAUGACACAACCAUCCGGUGCGCAGGCCGCACGAACUGAACCCAUGAUCCAGCAUGUCCCAUCCUUGCCUGUGCUCCCACAGACAGUUCCAUCUCUCCCCGAGCUGCAGGCUCCAGUUGAACAGAUUUCUGUGCAGCAACAGCCGGCUGUCACACAUUCCUUACAUGCCAUCCAGGGUCAUUCUUCGACCUCGGAGCAGACUUCUACUCCACUCCCAUUCGCAUCUGUACGACCAUCGUCUGGCGAUGCUUUACCGAUUAUUGCGGGUGAUUUUUCAUUUUCGAUGUUUGGGCAGACCGCUGCGUCAUCGUCUCCUUCCCCGUCCGAGGAUGAAGAUGAUUCAUUCGACGGCCUCUUCUCCUCCCGAUCGUCUCCUUCUCCGCCUGAGGAUGUAAAUGAUUCAUCCGAAGGCCCGUUCUCAUCCUGAUCGUCUCCUUCCCCGCCCGAGGAUAUAAAUGAUUCAUCCGAAGGCCUGUCCUCAUCCAAAUCGUCUCCUUCCCCGCCUCAGGAUGCAAAUUAUGCAUCCACAAAUAUGUUUUCCCUCCAUUGUCUCUUAUC